UUUUUACAGAGGGCCUCUCUUAAUAUUCUGCCGCCAUUUUCUUCAUCAGUUCUGCGUUUUACAUUCCAGAGAUUGUAUCGAAGCAAAAUGUCGUCCGCAAGUGGUGAUGAAAGUGAGAUAUCUUUAAACGAACCCGUGCGACGCACAAGAUCUAGCCGUACACGUAAGACUACCAUAGUAGCUAAAAAAUCUCCUGUAAAGAAACUUCUAGCAAGGGCAACACGAUCUCCGAAAAAAGUGCAAGAAAUCGAAGAGGUCGAGGUGCAGGAGGAGGAGCCCGUAUUGCAAGAAGAGGUUGUAAUGGAAAGCAUUCCAGAAAAUGGAGUGCAGAGAUUUGGUGACAUUAUUAUCGAACAACAUAGUGAGGACGAUGCCCCUAUGUUACAUUUGGAAUUGGAAGAUUCUGAUGAUACCACUAUUCAUGAAAUCAACAUGAAUCAGAGUGUACAAAUUGGAGUUCAAGAGACUGUACCUGAUUUGGAAACGUCCGCAUCUCAAAUUGAUCAUUCAAAUACAGUAUCGGAUUGUAUGAUCAUAGAAGAAAGUAGUAUGGAUAAAGUUGAUAUGUUAAACGAGCGUGAGCAAAUGGAUAUGGAAGGGCAGGAUAUUAGUAAUGAUGAAACGAACCAACGUGUAUUGAUAGAUUUCCAAGAAGUUAUGAAUGACGAUGGAGAAACAAUAACACAAGUAACAGAAAUCUUAGAAACCGAAGAAAUUGAAUCUGAAACUGUUAUAAAUGAAGGUACUGGAAUUGAAGUUAUGGAAGUAGAUUGUCAACAAGAAACAGAAAUCAUAGAAAAUAUUACAGAAAAAAUUGUGCCUGGUUAUGAUAUGACAGGAAUGACGGAAAUGACAGAAACAACAGAGGGUGACAUGGAAUUACCUGAGAAUGCUAUUAAAAAGACAGAACCGGAUACAGAGGCUGUGUCUGAAGAUGAGCUGCCUACUGAGGCUACAGCAAAGGAACCUGAAACAGAAGCAGUAUCUGAUGAAGAAUUGCCAGCAGCGGCUCCCGCAGAUUUAGGAGAAACUGAAUCAGUUUCUGAAGAUGAACUACCACUGGAUAGUGAAAAGAAGAAGAAAAGUGGAACAAAGGUAAUGAGUAAAAUCCUGGAAAAGAAGAACAAAACUGAAGGAAUAAAUAAGCGUAAGUUGAAUGCAGAAGGAGAAUAUGAUCCUAGUUCACCAACGUCUGAAAACAAUGACGAAACGCCAGCAAAAAAGGUUGCACUUUCAACGGAAGUAGAUCCAGGGGACAGUAAGCAAGAAACUAAACCAGCAUCGCCAAAGAAAAAAACGUUACCAGAAUUGGAGAAAUAUUGGAAAGCCGUUAAUGAAGAUCCAUCGGAUUUCACAGGAUGGACAUAUCUUCUCCAAUACGUUGAUCAAGAAAAUGAUGCUGAAGCUGCACGUGAAGCUUAUACGAAAUUUUUGGAGCGUUAUCCAUAUUGCUAUGGUUACUGGAGAAAAUUUGCAGAUUACGAGAAGAAGAAGGGGAACCCCGAAAAUGUCCAAAGGGUAUUCGAUCAAGGUCUGAAAGCUAUUUCACUCAGUGUCGAUCUUUGGCUUCAUUACAUCAACCACUGCAAAACCGUCUAUGAAAAAGAUGAAGAGAAACUUCGAGAACAAUACGAAAGAGCUAUCCAGGCAUGUGGUCUUGAAUUCAGAUCUGAUCGUCUUUGGGAGAGCUAUAUAAAAUGGGAACUGGAAGGAAAACGUUUAAGCAGAGUAACAGCAUUAUAUGAUCGUCUGUUGUGUACUCCAACACUUGGUUAUAUUUCUCAUUUUGAUGCAUUUCAAGAGUUCGUUUCUUCAAAUUUACCCAAUCGUAUUUUAAACGUUGACGAUUUUCUUGCAUUGCGUGCUGAAGUGAAAGCACUUUUGAAGUCGGAUGACAGUACUUCUACUUCAGCAGCAGAUGAUGCACCGCCUGGCGAAGAACCACCGCCACACGAACUUCCACCAACUGAUGAAGAGACCCGUGCUAUUAGAGAAAAAAUUAUUAGUAGUAGACGUAAAAUGCAUAAAGCUAAUAUUAAUGCUGUUGCUGCAAGAUGGUCAUAUGAGGAAGGUAUUAAGAGGCCAUAUUUUCAUGUCAAACCUCUAGAACGAUGUCAGUUAAAAAAUUGGAAGGAGUAUUUAGAUUUUGAAAUUGAACAAAAAGAUCAGAAUCGGAUAAUAAUCUUAUUUGAAAGAUGUUUAAUAGCAUGUGCUUUAUAUGAUGAAUUCUGGAUGAGAUUCGUUCGUUAUCUGGAAUCCUUAAAAGGUGAUAAUGUGGAAAAAAUUAGAGAUGUGUAUACUAGAGCUUGUAUGGUACAUCACCCGAAGAAACCAAAUUUGCAUCUGCAGUGGGCGACAUUUGAAGAGGGUCAGGGCAAUUUUGAGAAGGCAGCAAAUAUAUUGGAAAAUAUUGAUAAUGUAAUACCGAAUAUGUUACAAGUAGCAUAUCGAAGAAUAAAUUUGGAACGUAGAAGAGCAGAUUUAGACAAAGCUUGUACAUUGUAUGAAAAUUAUAUUAGCAAUAGUAAAAAUAGAACUAUCGCGAAUAAUAUUGUAGUAAAAUAUGCACGAUUUUUAUGUAAAGUAAAGAACGAUGUGGAUAAAGCAAUCAAAGUAUUAUUGAAGGCAACAGAAAAAGAUAAAGAUAAUCCAAGGCUUUAUUUACAACUGAUUGAUCUAGGAAUGCAAAGAACACCUGUUGAUACUCAAGAAAUUGUAGGAUAUAUGGAUAUGUUUAUAGAACGAGAACAUGCUGAUCUUGAACAAAGAGUACUUUUUGCCCAACGUAAAGUAGAAUUUCUUGAAGAUUUUAGUCCAGAUAUUCGACAAGUAUUGAAAGCCCACGAACAAUUCCAAAAGUGUAUUAAACAAGCAAAAGAACGGAAAAAGACAAAAAGCGACGAUACUAAAACAGAUACUUCUCCUCCAAAGAAAGUUAAAACUGGAGAUCAGUCUAAUGUACCACCUCCGCCUUCUGUAAGCUCGCAGUCAUCGUAUCAGUACAGUAGCGGACCAAGUGGACCUUAUCAGUCACAGCAACAAUUUCAAAGUGGUCAGUAUGGUGGUCAAGGUGGAUAUCAACAGGGUUAUCAACAGUAUCCACCUCCUUCCGAUCCCAAUUAUGCUAAUUAUCAAAAUUGGCAAUAUGGACAAGGAGGACCACAAGCAUAUGGACCAUAUAAUCAAUGGGGAUCUUAUAAUUACUACUAGAAGAUAAUACAGAAUUUGUCUUGUAUCGGCUUUCAUUGCGUUGUUGUAUCUACUGUACAUUUUAUAAUCUUCAUUUUUUCAUCUAAAGAUGAAAGACAAAAAAGGAAAUGAAAAUGUUUUCAAGUUCUAAUGACACAUCAGUAACCUGACACGAAUAAUAAUAAUAAUAAUAAUAAUAACAAUAAUAAUAAUAAUAAUAGUAACGAUAAUAAAUGUCUUACUGAUGCUUUUUCCAACAGUUCUUUGCAUAAAAAAUUCGCUCUUAAUAUAUUUUAAAUAAUAAUACAGAAAAUUGUACUACAAAAUUUCCGACUGAUGUUGAAUGUAUGAUGUUGAAUUAUUACAAAUGUAAUAUCGUACAGCUAGUUGAUAAAUAUUGCCAUACAAUACGAACACAAGUUCAUUAUGUGAAAUAUUUCCCAACUAUACAUUUUGCAUUGAAUUUGUAUAAUGUAAUAUUAUGUGUUUAAUUUUAUUCCGUGACGUUGUAUUAUUUCUUCAAUAGUAAAAUAGCAGUUCAUAAAUGUUACCUACUAUUUGUAAGAAGUAUUUCUUUCGCGUACUUAGUUUAUAAUAUUAGAUUUUUUUGCUGGUGUGCGUUGAACGUAUCGCUUAAAGAAAAUUAGGAUAUAUAUGUAAAUGGAAAAAUAGAUAUUUGAAUAUCCUAGAGAAGCAUACUAUGAGAUAUUCACGGAAUAAACAUUGUUAACAUUUGUCAGUACAUUUUUGAUAAACAAUGAAUCAAAGAACAGAACAUUUCUAUAACAUAUUCAGUUGUAGGAGUUUUAGUUGGUAUUACGUAUUUUUAUGUUACAGAUGCACAUUAUUUUAUAUGUUGUAAUUUCGCAUUUGUAACUAGAAUCCGAUUUUUGUCGAAAAUCAGCAUAAAACUCACAUACAUUAAAGACAUUUUUUCUGUAUGUGAAAUUUUAUAAUUUACAAUAAAUGAAAUUGAAAAAGUA